AGUGCCCACUCCCAUCUCUGCCCUCCUGACACUCAAGCUCGCACACCAUCUGCUCAGCAUCAUGAAGGUCUCCGGGGCUGCGCUGGCCGUCCUCCUCUGCACCACGGCCCUCUGCAGCCAGGUCUUCUCGGCACCAGUUGGCGCGGACACCCCGACCGCCUGCUGCUUCUCCUAUGCCUCCAAGCCGAUUCCGCGUAAAUUCAUAACCAAGCAUUUUGAGACCAGCGGCCAGUGCUCCAAUCCCGGCAUCAUCUUCCUAACCAAAAGAGGCCGGGAGGUCUGUGCGGACCCCAGUGAGGCCUGGGUCCAGGAAUACGUUGCUGACCUGGAACGGAAUGCCUGAGCGGCCUGGAAGCUAAGAGGAACCCAGUGGCCUCGGUGGGCCAAUGGGAAGCCGGGCCCGAGCCUUGGAAACACCCCUGCUACCUCCACAGCUACCUCUCCUGUGGGUGGGUUGGCACCCCAACCCACACACUGGGACUCUUCCUAACUUAAAUUUCAACUUAUUUAUACUAUUUAAUUUUCAUAAUUUAUUUUGAAUGCCAUGCUGUGUUUGGCACUGUUUGCUCCAAGAGACCUCAAGACGCCCUCCUCACCACCCUCCCCCGCCCCUCUACUUGCACUGCGUUUGAUGACAGCUGAGUGGCCGUCAUAGUUUGUUCUGGGCGGAGGUGGCGGUAAAGCCGCCACACUGACACAUGUGUAUGAAAUGUUUCUGUUCAGUGC